AUGCCAUUUUGGUCUCCACAGAGGUCGAAACUGUCUACCAAAAUCCUCAACAUAACCAUAUCCUCGCUGUGCAAAGCGAAGCAAAUAGCCAAAGCCGAAUCCGUAAUAAUCGACGGAAUAAGAAUCGGCGUUCUCCCCGACGUGGUCACAUACAAUACCCUGAUCAACGCCUACUGUCGUUUCGUCUCCAUCGACGUGGCUUACUCCGUCCUUGAGCGAAUGCGCGAAGCAGGGAUCCCCCCGGACGUCGUUUCGUACAACUCGUUAAUCUCCGGCGCCGUCAGAAAGUGUUUGCUCUCCAAAGCCCUUGACCUGUUCGAGGAAAUGCUGGCGAGAGGCGUAACCCCCGACGCGUGGAGCCACAACAUCCUAAUGCAAAGUUUGUUCAAGCUCGGAAAGCCCGACGAGGCCAAUCGCGUUUUCAAAGAAACCGUUCUCCGCGGCGAGGUUCAAGCCACCACUUACAACGUCAUGAUUAACGGUCUCUGCAAGAACGGUUACGUCUCCAACGCCUUGAGCCUAUUCAGGAACUUGCAGAGGCACGGUUUCGUGCCUCAGGUUUUGACCUACAACGCGCUUAUCAACGGGCUCUGCAAGGCCAAGCGGUUGAAGGACGCGCGAAAGGUGCUCAAGGAGUUUGGAGAAUCCGGUUACGAACCGAACGCGAUUACUUACACCACCGUCAUGAAAUGCUGCUUCCGGGGCGGUUUUUUCGAGCAAGGGUUGGAGAUGUUGUCGGAUAUGAGGAGUUUAGGGUUCACGUUCGACGGAUUCGCGUAUUGCACGGUGAUUGCUGCGAUGAUCAAGACUGGCCGGAUGCGCGAGGCGGAGGAGAUAAUCAAGAUAAUGGUGAGUUCCGGCGUUCGGCCGGAUCUCGUGUCCUAUAACACUUUAAUUAACCUUUAUUGCAGGCAGGGGAGGUUGGAGGAUGCAUUGAAAUUGUUGGAUGAGAUUGAGGAGGAGGGGUUGGAGUGUGAUCAGUAUACACAUACUAUUAUUGUUGAUGGAUUGUGUAAGGCUGGUGAUUUUGUUGGGGCUCAGAAGCACUUGAAUUACAUGAAUACAUUAGGGUUUGGAUAUAAUUUGGUUGCGUUUAAUUGUAUGCUUGAUGCUUUGGGGAAGGCUGGGCAUAUUGAUCAUGCUGUGAAGUUGUUUGAGGUGAUGGAGGUGAAGGAUUCGUUUACAUAUACUAUAUUGGUGCACAACCUUUGCAGGGCGAGGAGGUUCCUUUGUGCCUCAAAUGUGUUGGUUUCGUGUUUAAAAUGUGGGUACCAGGUGUUGAGGGCCACUCAGAGGGCGGUUAUUGAUGGCCUCCGGAGUAUUGGGUUUACAAAUGAAGCGAGGAAGGUUAGGUUGAGGAUCAGAUUGGCACGGUUUGUGCCUUGA